AUGAGUUUCAUGAGAGACAUAAAAUCCCAAAUGAGUGAGGUUCAAAGCUCCAUAGAAUUUAUGUCUCAAAAAUACGAUGAACUUCUUAUUAGGUUCAAUGACAUGGAAGAAGAGCAAAAAUCAGACAAGAAAAAGAUAGCGCUCCUCGAGAGCAAAAUUGAGUUCCUGGACCGCGCUUCUCGUUCUGGCUCGAUAGAACUAAUAAAUGUCCCGCAAAAAAAUGGAGAAACCAAGUCGGACUUAUUGCACGUGCUGAAAAAGACUGGGGAUGUCCUUAAAGUCAGCAUCGAGAAUAGUGAAGUCAAAAAUAUACAUCGGAUUUCCACCUCUAACCCCAGCAACAAGCCGAUCAUUGCCGAGUUUGCGACUGUCCUAAAAAAGGAAGAAGUGUUGUCCGCCGUUAAAAUAUUUAACAAAAACCAUAAGGAUGACAAGCUUAACACAAUGCACCUACAUAUUGAAGGUCCAAAAAGAGCAAUAUACGUAUCGGAGAGCCUCACCUUCAAAAAUAAGAAAAUCUACGCAAUGGCCAGGGAAACGUCCAAAGCCCUGAACUAUAAAUAUUGCUGGAUCUCGCAUGGCACUGUCUACCUCCGCAAGCAAGAUGGUGCUCCCGCACUGCGUAUUAUUGACGAGUCAGACCUUUUAAAAAUCAAACAGUGA